ACCGGGCAAUGACAAACCUAAGGUCUCACCGCAAGCCAGGCCCCAAUCCAGGCCAACCCGGGGUUUUAACCACACCCUGGGGCCAGCCUCCCCCACCCCAGGGCGGGGAGCGGGUGCAUUUCCGCCAGCUACAGGUACCUCGCAGGGGGCGGGCUGGGCCGGUUGCAGGAGCGGCGGCCGGGCUGCGCAUUGCCAGCUGCUUGCAAAGCCGGGAUAAUGAGCCUGAACUCGACGUCCCGCUCCCUGCUGGCCCCCUGCGUGCCUCUCGGGGACCAGCCAAACGCAUCUGCCGUGGUGAAGCUGAACGUGGGGGGCGAGCUCUUCACCACUACUGUGGGCACCCUGAGAAAAAUUCCGGGUUCAAAGCUGGCAGGUAUGUUCUGCACCUUAGCCAAGGCCUCCCCCAGUAAGGAUGAGGAGGGCCGAUUCUUCAUCGAUCGCCCCGGCACCUAUUUCGGAGCCAUCCUGGACUACCUGCGCAGCGGGCAGAUGCCCAAGCAGCACAUCCCCGAGGUGUACCGUGAGGCUCAGUUCUUCGAAAUCACGCCUUUAGUCAAGCUGCUGGAGGACACGCCGCAGAUCUUUGGUGAGCAGGUGGCUCGGAAGCAGUUCUUGUUGCGGGUGCCAAGUUACAGCGAGAACCUGGAGCUCAUGGUGCGCCUGGCGCGUGCCGAGGCCAUGGCCGCGCGUCACUCCAACGUGCUGGUGUGUGUGGUGCACACGGAAGGGGAUGCGGCACACUGCGAGGAAUCCCUGCGAGUCCUGGAGGCGACCAAGAGGUUGGUCGUCAAAUUCGGGCCUUGGAAGGCGUCUCCGGUCAUCAGGGACCUCUUGGACUCCGUGAAGAUGGACAUUGAGGCUCAGGGGUACCAGGUAGCCUAUGACUACUGCUCCAAGAAGACAUUUCAGCCUAAGGCAAAUGCCCACGAAUACUUCUAUACGUUCCGAUUCACCUGGUGGUGAUUCUCAGGGGGCGGGGCUGUUUAUUAUGGGCUCUGGUGGGGCUUAUGAAAUUAAAAGUUGCCUUCAAAGAUCAUCUUUAAUUUCAAAAAUAAACAACUUCCAAGGUGGUCUGCAAA